GUGGUUGUCUUUAUUGUUGUGUGUUUAUGCAGAUUAAAAUAUAUCUAGGAAGAUAAUCAAAUUUUAUAAUGAAUUGGAAUAUUACAAAUUAUUAGGGGGUUAAAAAGGUUGAAGUAGUUUAGUUUUUAUUUUAUUUAUUAUUUUGUUAAUAUACCUUCAUGUACAAGUUGUAAGAUGUAUUAGCUGGAUCAAUUCAAAAUACGCAAUUAAAUUUUCCUUUUUUUAAGGUUAUAAUCUUGUAAUAAAUACAUUUUCUGGACUUUGAAAAGUACUAUAUGAUUAUGACCGCAUGUUUUGACAUGAUGACACAUUCCAUUCUCAAAGCAGAAACCUGUAUGUUGAGCUGAGUUUCAAGGAGCUUGUUUUCAGGUUAACGGGGUGAGAAUUCAGUGAAUGCCAGAAUAUUUCGGUUUCCGAUACCUAAAACUUCUCUCGGUUCAGUUACCAUGGCGUUUCACCAUCUGAGCCUAACCUGGCCAAUACCUCUUUGUUUUAUAGCUAUGUUUUUAUAGCUAAGAAAAUACUAAUUCACAGGCAUACAAAUGACAAUUUCUUCAUAUGUGGCUUGUUACUUGACAUGGUAAAACCAUGGAACUGUUGAAGUAAAAUAGAAAAAAAAAGGGCAGUUUACAUUACGGCUCAGCUAGCACGUUGCGCUGACAAAGUGCUUAUCAGCGCAGGUCAAACAGCACGGUGCCUUCUCGUAUUAAUAACAGCCUGCUAGGCCGCUACCUACUGCCUACAUCCUAAGAGGCAACUGGUAGCUGUGGCCCCGUUCCCAUGGCAACCGCGCUGCGCUGACAGAUGUCCUUGUUCAACCGGCGUAUCAUAGUAGGGAUGGCUCCGGAGGCGGAGUCAACGUUUUGUUGUGGUUGAGAACAUAAUGUUUUCGUACUCCUGAAACAUGAAUGUGGAUGUUGCUUUGUGACACUCACACACAGAGGGGAGACGGCCUAGCGAGAGAGUCACCUACAGUCACCGGGACUGGAGAGACAGAGAGACCGAGGAUGAAUUGCUUUAUGCCACGGGGCACUAGACGGAUGAUUGAGGAGCGCAGAUUGCAUAAUGAACGGCAACAAGUCCUCAUCAGAAAACUGAGUAGGGAGAUGUAUCAGGAACAGGGAAGCGACCCCCAUCUGGGGACCAGACACCAGCUCAGCAGGCUCAUGCGACCGGACGAUGCAAACAUCUUCGGCAGCGUGCACGGCGGCACGAUCCUGAGGAUGAUCGAGGAAGCCGGGGGCAUCAUCAGCACGCGCCACUGCAACACGCAGGAUGGGGACCGCUGCGUUGCCGUGCUGGGGCGGGUGGAGAAGACGGAGUUCCUGUCGCCGAUGUUCAUCGGAGAGGUGGCCCACGUGUGUGCAGAGAUCACCUACACCUCCGAGCAUUCGGUGGAGGUCCAGGUCCACGUCAUGUCCGAGAACGUCCUCACAGGUUCCAAGAAGCUGACAAACAAGGCGGCCCUGUGGUACGUUCCCUGCUCCCUGAAGAACGUGGAUAAGAUCCUGGACGUCCCGCCCAUCAAGUACACCAGCCCGGAGCAGGAGGAGGCGGGUAGGAAGAGACAUGAGGUCCAGAGGACGGUCAGGCAGAACACCACGGAGCGCAACGAGGAGGUCCCCCCGCCAGCCUCCAAGCCAGAGAGACCAAUGAAGGAGAUCCACACUGUUGGAUUCAGCCAAUCCAGCCUGAUCCAUCUGGUGGGACCUAACGACUGCAUGAUGAACGACUUCGUCCACGGAGGUGAGCCCAACCAUCCCUACCCCCUAGGGGAGGGAGAACAGCCCUUUACUACAGAAGGGACAUUUAUCAUGAAGGCAUCCUUAAGAGACACAUUCAAAUCCCCCUGAGGUUUACAAUUUUGUCAUUUUAUCCAAUGCAACUUAAAGGGAAUUCAGAUCCAUUGCUGUGGUUCAGCUGGUAGUUAAGGGGCAUUCACAGGAUGCAUACAGGUUAGUCUGCGGACGUUGGGGAUCAAACCCAGGAUCUUCCGACCGAGGGUGAAGCACCCUUACAUCUACACUAGCCUAAGGAAAUGCAAAUUCAGUCUGUACCUUGAAUACUCUUAUAAAGACUUGAAGACUCAUGUUAGUAUAA